UCGAUUUGAUUAUCGAAUAGGACUUGGAGGAAGGGAGAUAGACCCCUUAUGACACGUUGCAUCAUGUAUAGAAAUUCAGUCUAGACCUACAUCUAUUUGGCCCAUUAUGUAAAAUCUUAUUGGGAUUAGAACAUAUUCAGGUUUAUAGUCAAUUAGAUGAAUAUCUGGAGUGAGAGGGGUUGGCUCCAAUCCAAGCAAGUACCUUUGCCGCCUCCACCGGUGGCGUCUUUGCCAGUAGCCUAUAUACAUUUCAGUUAGGAGUAUAGUUCCUUCAUGUCUCCCGGUUGCAUAGAGAGAGAGGAGAGAAAUCCAAAAUACGAGUGAUGUCAAACCGAACAGAUCUGAACGGUCUGAAAAGCCAACGACUUCCUCCACGAGAACUUGCCAAUGGAAUAAUCUGAUUUGUAAACACAUUGUACCGUUUUUGCGUUGCACGUUUUUCACCAAAACAGUAAGGAAUGUGGGCUUUUCUGAGUGGAAAAUUAUUUAGUGUUCUUUCAGCACCAGUGAUUGUAGCUGUCGUGUGCUGCGCACAAAGCGUGAAUGAACCAGGGAACAUGUCGUUUGUGAAAGAGACGGUGGACAAACUACUAAAGGGAUAUGAUAUUCGUCUUCGACCAGACUUUGGAGGGGCCCCUGUUGCAGUUGGCAUGAGUAUAGAUGUGGCGAGCAUAGACAUGGUAUCGGAAGUCAACAUGGACUACACUUUAACCAUGUACUUCCAGCAGUACUGGAGGGACAAGAGGCUGGCGUACUUAGGGAUCCCGCUGAACCUCACCCUGGAUAACCGGGUAGCAGAUUCACUCUGGGUCCCUGACACCUACUUCCUGAAUGACAAGAAGUCCUUCGUCCACGGUGUGACGGUCAAGAACCGCAUGAUCCGCCUCCACCCGGAUGGAACAGUGCUCUACGGCCUGAGGAUCACAACGACGGCAGCCUGUAUGAUGGACCUGAGGAGGUACCCUCUGGACGAGCAGAACUGCACUCUGGAGAUCGAGAGCUAUGGAUACACAACAGAUGACAUUGAGUUCUACUGGAAGGGAGGAGACAAUGCGGUGACGGGGGUGACACGCAUUGAGCUGCCACAGUUCUCCAUAGUGGACUACAAGCUGGUGUCCAGAAACGUUGUAUUUUCCACAGGUGCCUACCCACGACUGUCUUUGAGCUUCAAGCUAAAGAGGAACAUUGGCUACUUUAUCCUGCAGACCUACAUGCCCUCCAUCCUGAUCACCAUCUUGUCCUGGGUCUCCUUCUGGAUCAAUUACGAUGCCUCGGCUGCAAGAGUGGCAUUAGGGAUCACCACUGUGCUCACCAUGACCACCAUCAACACCCAUCUGAGAGAGACGCUCCCCAAGAUCCCCUACGUCAAGGCCAUCGACAUGUACCUGAUGGGCUGCUUCGUCAUGGUCUUCCUGGCCCUGCUGGAGUACGCCUUCGUCAACUACAUCUUCUUCGGCCGUGGACCACAGAUGCAGAAGAAGCUGGCAGAGAAAGCCGAGAGGGCCAACAACGAGAGGGCGGCCAAAUAUGACACCAAUCGGUCUCCUCAGGAAGGAGGUAAAACGUCAUCUCUUAAGCUGACUAAGCAGCCUAAUAGAGCAAAAACGCUCCGUGUCUCACAGUCGGCGGAGUCCCACGGUAAUAUCCUGCUGACCACCCUGGAGAUCCACAACGAGGUGGCAGGAAAUGAGGUCACCACCAGCCUGGCGGACAGCAGGAACUCCUCCGUCAUGGGAUUUGACAACACCAGCACAGGUACCGGCGUCCAGUGCAGGAAGGCGAGCCGGGCCUCGGGUCCUCGCCACAGCCUCGACAGGAACGCCCAGCUCAAAAGGCACAAACUGCGGCGGCGCUCGUCGCAGCUCAAAAUCAAAAUCCCUGACCUGACGGACGUAAACGCCAUCGACAGGUGGUCGCGGAUCAUCUUCCCCUCCGUCUUCUCCCUCUUUAAUUUAAUCUACUGGAUGUAUUAUGUCAACUGAUUGACUGAUUUUAGGGUUAGGUGGUGUUGUCAUAUUUUUUCCCUCCUUUGUCAUCAUUUUGUCUUUUUUACGUGAUAGGAAAUGUUUUGCUAUCGAAAAACAAAGGACUGCCUCUAUGUAACACGGACAAACUGCUUUGACCCCUUUGUUAAAGUUUUUAUAUUUGCAGUCGUACUCAAAUUGUGGAUUGCGGUGGAUUGCUAAUUCUUAAAACUUUGUACAGAACUAUGUAGAUAAAUACCCAUACUGUAGGACUGGGACUGCAUACUUCCCAGUCUUUUUGCCCUCUCUGCAGUUUGAUAAUGGAGAUCUUUAUACCCAAUUCAAUAUGUGCAAUUUGCAAGAAAGAAAAGGUAACCAUAACAUUUUUUUUUUUUUAACAAACCCAAAUAAAAUACAAAUGUUAUGUAAUGUAUUAUGCAUAUACACAAUUAAUUGCAAUGUAUACUUUAUCAUCAUUUACAUAUUAUUUGUUAUGAAUGCGGAUCAAUGCAAAAAUAUAUACUCAUGUUUUGUGAUGCUUGCCAUCUUUAUCACGUAUAUAUUUUUUGUCUUGGUCAGAUAAUAUCAUUUUCAAGUGCACAUACAGUAUUUGCAUAUUUUACAGUGAAGUGGUCCUGUUUAUGUAUGUCUAUACAGUGUAUUAUUAUUAUUAGUAGUAAUAGUAGUAGUAGUAUUGCUAUUAUUAUUAAUACUAUUAUCAUUAUUAUUACAUACUCAACUAUAACAUUUUAACACAGGUGAAAAUUAAUGUCUACUGUUGAGGGUUAUAAUAUCUCAGGUUCUGGAUUUUGCAAAUUGGCAUCCAUUACGUUUUCAAAAUCCUGUCAAACAGUCUUGGAAUUGGAAUAUUGAUUGGUAAUCGAACCAUACCCACCACUGCACUCAAUGAAUCUGCCACGGUUCACAUCUUUUCUAUUUGAUAUUGCGAAUGCUUGACAGCAUUUCACUCAGUAAAUUGACGGCGUUCCUAUAAAUCAGCUCCAUCUUUGAUAGCUGUCGACCUCUCCUGCCAACGGCCUUGUGCUAUAUACUGUAUAACAUGUCUUUGUGAAAUAUUCGGAUAUUUUUGUAAGGUGUAACGUUGACUAUAACUACAGUAUGUUAACUCCCUCUGUUGCACACUAGCAUUGUAGAAAAUAGAUUCCCUCUGUUCACAACAUUCCAUGGAAGUGGCAGGGUUGAGGGUUUGUUUGGUUUGGAGCAUUUGGCUGAUCUGUACUGCUGAAAUGACCUCCAACUGUAAAUAUAAUGUAUAUAACAGAUUUGAUGUAAGUGUGCACAUUUUUAUUUGGAGUUGUCUAAUUAGUUGUCUGUUUUAAAAGACAAUGUGAAAUACCGAUGACAUUUCUGUCCUCUUUAAAUGCUUGAAAAUCUAUUGAAUUAACAUAUAUAUAUCUUUUUUUUUAUUCCUUUCUUCAGAUUUAUAAGCAAUGAAUGCCAUGAGAGACUAUCUAUCAAAUGCACAGCCAAUAUAAAUAAUACAACAAAACGCAUUGUAAAUCAAGGGCAUCGCGACCGCUGAUAACGGCAUAUCGUCAUCAUCCAUUUCUAUAUUUCUAUAAUCUAUUCUGCACAGCUAUCAAAGAAGCACACACGUUGUAUUAGUCUCUCAGUAUACAACUGAUGCAUGAAUUCUGUUCUACAGGGCAAGGACAACGAGCCAUAAUCAUUAGAUUGUAACAAAACAUCGAACACAUCCCAUUAGAGUAUGUAAUCAACAGCAUGGAAGUAACUAACAUUUGGUGAAACAUUGCCAUUGUUCAUAUCGUGCUGCUCUGGGCGAGAGAACAUGCCAAGAUGGCACUGUCUCUUGUUUCUCUAUGCAUGUUAUAUCGCAUGAGUAGUGGCGAUUAAAAAAAGAACCUUAACCCCUAUCAUCUUAGACCUGUAUCUCAGGUUACAAGUGCAGUUCAAGAGAUUGUGAUAAACUGCCAUUCUCUGGUUGGUUACAGAGCAACCAAUCAUAUCCUGGGGUCAAUGGCUGGGAUUCACAACGACAGUCUUCAAAUAUAUAACACAUUUAUAUACGCAUAAAGAAUAAAUUGUGCGCGCCCAUGUAUUUUACCAUUACCAACUUGCAGCCAAUUGCUUAUAGUAGUGACAUGUAUCUCUGGUAUGUAAAUAUACUUUGCUACUUGAUCAUUAAGCUUGUUGUGUGUUUUGGGUUUGAGUGAUAUAAUGGUAGAGUGUGUGUGGUUACACACGCUGGCCUUUAAACAGUUACAGACCCUGGGGUUUCUCUUCUCUACUGUGUAGAUGAGGCAGUGUUGGCUGGGUCUUGGUGUAAGAUGACUAAUAUCCCUUGUUCUUGAGAUAGGUAAUAUCUCUUGGUCUUGGUGUAAGAUGAGUCAUUUCUCUUGGUCUUGGUGCAAGAUGAAUAAAAUAUCUUGGUCUUGGUGCAAGAUUAAUAAAAUAUCUUGGUCUUGGUGUAAGAUGAAUAAAAUAUCUUGGUCUUGGUGCAAGAUGAAUAAAAUAUCUUGGUCUUGGUGCAAGAUGAAUAAAAUAUCUUGGUCUUGGUGCAAGAUGAAUAAAAUAUCUUGGUCUUGGUGUAAGAUGAAUAAAAUAUCUUGGUCUUGGUGCAAGAUGAAUAAAAUAUCUUGAUCUUGGUGUAAGAUGAAUAAAAUAUCUUGGUCUUGGUGCAAGAUGAAUAAAAUAUCUUGGUCUUGGUGCAAGAUUAAUAAAAUAUCUUGGUCUUGGUGUAAGAUGAGUCAUUUCUCUUGGUCUUGGUGCAAGAUGAAUAAAAUAUCUUGGUCUUGGUGUAAGAUGAGUCAUUUCUCUUGGUCUUGGUGUAAGAUGAGUCAUUUCUCUUGGUCUUGGUGCAAGAUGAAUAAAAUAUCUUGGUCUUGGUGCAAGAUGAAUAAAAUAUCUUGGUCUUGGUGUAAGAUGAGUAAUCUUUCCCGAGAUGCAAAGACUUGAGUUAGCCCUUCAGAGCUAAUGCCUAGUCUUUAGCUCAGAGGACUAACACAGUCUUGUGGCAUUCAAGAGACCUGGGUUUGAAUCCCGGUCAGUCACAUUGGCACAUUCAAUCUGACACUGUUUCAUGCAUUAUGUGCACUCAUCGUUGCUGGCUUCUGAUGUUGUCUGGCCCAUUAUGGAAUGUCAACAUGUUCUGUUCUGCCAUAAAUGUAUUUAGGUAUAGAUAUCUGUGUUUGUUUUUCUCCCUUACUUCUUUAGGUUAUAAUGUUGCUCUAUUAAUGAAAUAAUAUUAAUUGUAUGACAGCAAUAUCGGGUUUUGCAUCCAUUCAAAUCAAUGCUUUCUGUAACACAUCUGUUAUACGCUAUAGCAACAGGAUGAACAAUGGACAGACUUCAGAGGCGACAUUUCUUGUUCCUGAUGCAUUUCUGUUGAAUGAUUGAAUCUAGACAAAACCCAAUAGUUUAUGAUUUAUAUGUCAGGUGAAGAUAAACAAAUGAUUACCAGUAUUCCUGGAUUGUGAUUAAAACUGUAUUCAUCAAUGAA